UUUUCCUUUAAGCAACAAAAUGAAGAAUGUAUCACAAGUUGUACCUUUGACAAAAGUAUCUACUAGUAAAUGAAGAAAGAGAAAAAUCUCACUCAUCCAAAUAUCUAAUCCUUCAAUUUACACCAUCUCCUCUUUCAAGUACCAAGAACUUCUAAAAAAAUGUCAAUUUUAGCACCAAAUUCUCAAAUUCUAUACAGAGAAAUCCACAACAGAGAGCAGCAUCAUCAGUCUUUGAACAGUGGUGGAAGUCUAAAUAUUGUAAAAUCAUUUGGAUUUUGCUUUGUUGAUAAGAGAAGAAGUGAUUGGAAGAGAAAGUUAAAGAGAGAGUUUAGAAUUAAUGCUUCUUGGCCAGAUUUGUCAAGACCAACUACUGUUGAGAUGCAACCCAUUGAGAGCACUGAACAACUUGACCAAAUUUUAGCCUCUGCGAAAGAGCUAUCACAACCCAUCAUUAUUGAUUGGAUGGCUGCUUGGUGCCGGAAAUGCAUAUUUUUGAAGCCAAAAUUGGAGAAACUUGCAGCUGAGUUUGAUACCAAACUCAAAUUCUACUAUGUCGACGUGAAUAAAGUACCACAAACUUUAGUGAAGCGCGGAAAUGUUUCAAAAAUGCCAACAAUUCAGUUGUGGAAAGAUGGGGAAAUGAAAGCAGAGGUGAUUGGAGGGCACAAAGCAUGGCUUGUAAUUGAAGAAGUGAGAGAAAUGAUCAAAAGCUCUAUAUAAUAUGUUACUAGUCCAAUCUGAUGACUGCCUCUUCUUGUUCAUAAACAACAAAUUUCUCUCUUUGUCCAAAGUUCGACAUCAAUUUGUAUAUUCAGUAAAGGGCAUUUCAAUAUGUACAGUUGUUACAAAGGAUCCUUUUUGCAUUAUCAAAGAUGGUGAAUUGGUGA